GAUCCACUAGCACUGCAUGCAGCAUGCACGAGCAGCACUUUGACACUUAUCGCGCGCUCUCGAUGUCAACAAAACGUUCGAAGUCGUCACGAAAGCGGAUCGGAGCGCAAUUAUUAUCUUUUAAAAUGUCAUUUAAGAUAGAUAUUCACAAUCACAUUCUGCCAGAGAGAUGGCCUGAUCUUAAAGAGCGCUAUGGCUACGGAGGAUGGAUUCAGCUGAACCAUCUGUGUGAUGGCCGGGCCAAGAUGAUGAGAGAUGGCAAGCUCUUUAGAGUCAUUGAACCUAACUGUUUCAGUGCCGAAGCUAGGAUUAGAGAUAUGGAUGCCACAGGGGUGACUGUCCAAGCCCUAUCAACAGUUCCCGUCAUGUUCAGCUACUGGGCCAAGCCAGAAGACACACUCGACCUCUGUAGGAUACUGAACGAUGACCUGGCCAACACUAUCAAGAAGUACCCCAAGAGAUUCGUAGGUCUUGGUACCCUUCCCAUGCAGGCUCCGGACCUGGCUGUACAGGAACUCAAGAGGUGUAAAGAGGAACUUGGAUUCCCAGGUAUCCAGAUUGGUUCACACAUCAACCAAUGGAAUCUAGAUGCACCUGAACUACAACCAGUAUUCGCAGCUGCAGAGGAGGUAGGGAUGUCCCUGUUCAUCCACCCUUGGGACAUGGAGCUAGGGGGCCGCAUGGCCAAGUACUGGCUACCAUGGCUUGUGGGAAUGCCUGGAGAGACUGCUACGGCCAUGUGCUCCAUGAUCUUUGGAGGAGUCCUGGAGAGGUUCCCUAAACUCAAGGUCUGCUUCGCCCAUGGAGGUGGCGCCUUUCCCUUCACCAUCGGUCGCAUCGAGCACGGCUUCAACGUCAGGCCUGACCUCUGUGCCGUAGAGAACAACAUCAACCCUAGGAAAUACAUCGGUCAGAUCUACACCGACUCCCUGGUGCAUGAUGAAAGGGCGCUCAAGUACUUGGUGGAAACGAUAGGAGAGAAUCGAGUCUUAUUAGGGAGUGACUACCCGUUCCCACUCGGCGAGCACCAUCCUGGUAAACUCAUUGAUUCAGUAGAAAGCUUCAGUGACGAGCUGAAGGAUUCCCUGUUAGCCGGCAACGCUCUGGAAUUCCUCGGCCUGAACCGGUCCCAGUACGAACCAGACCCUUCACUCCUGCCUUCCCAGUCCAAGUGCGGUCCUCAGAAACACAAAGUCAAGUGCUCUUCCAGUGGCGAUACGGGGGUUGAAAAUGGCACGAAAAGAAUCAAACUUGCCGAAGAAGAGACACACUGACAUUCAGUACCUGUAGUGAAUUUUGUAAAGGCUUGUGUACUUCAGAGGGAGCCCUCACAGAUGCCUACCCAAGUCUUGUGCAGCUGCAGAAAUACUCGGCACUCUGCCCUAUCAUGGAUGGCAAGGUUAAAGACAUAUCCAUGGAAGAGGUACACCAGAGUGUAGUCCCACUGGUUUCUCUCAAUGUUUGUUCCAGAU